AUGUGGUAUACUGGGGACGAGGGUAGCAGAGAUGUGGCCAGACAGAGUAAAAGACAAAACUUGUCAGCUUGCCCAGGUGCCCUUCUCCUUUGCGGACUCAUUCGCGGCGAAUUAGCAGCCACGACAGCGGAUGCCCUGGCACACGGUGGUGCAGGAACAAUCAUAUUCACAGGCCGAUCCCAGAAAGAACUCCAGCAAGUGAUCGACCAUAUUCAUCGCAAGCAUCAUAAUACGCAGAUACUUUUCGUGCCCGCUGAUACAGCUUGUCUCUCCUCGGUAUAUGUCGCGGCGACAAGCAUCAAAAGACUGGGAUUGCCUAUCGAUGGCAUUCUUGGAUUCCCCACAGUCAAGGCGGCGCCAUGGGAGCUCACCACGGAUGGAAUCGAGCUUCAUUUUCAGAAGAACUAUCUGUGUUAUUUUCUGCUCGUGAAUAAGCUGCUGAGUGUGAUGUCGCCCAAGUCUCGAGUGAUAAUGAUGACCACAAUGGUGAAGCAAGAAGCGUCGGCGCCGAAAUGGCAGGACAUCAACUUCUCCAACGGUGAGACCUAUCACCCGCUCGAUGCGUACGUCCAAGCGAUGUUCGCGAAUAUCAUGUUCACCAAGUCGCUUGCGGAGAGGUUCGAUCAUGACAGAAUAGCAGCCUUUUCAACGAACCCGGGCAAUGUCAAACACAACGUGCUCAGCUAUGUUACGUUGGAAGACGUGAUUACGUGGCUACAGCAGAAAGAAGAAGCCGGAGAGGAAGUGCCAAUCGCCCUCCAGAAAUCCCCCCAGUCUCUCGCACAGGGAAGUGCUGGGGUGUUACGAGCGCUGCUUGAUCCAGAUCUAGAAGAACAAUCUGGCGCUUUUCUCGAUAACAACCAGGUGGUGGAGCUACCCAAAAUGGACCUUCCAGCGGGUGCGGGCAGCGCUGCAGCGCUGUGGAAGUUGAGCGAAGGAUACGUCGCCACAAUCAAAGCGUAG